UGACAGGAAACGUCACUGUUCACCACGUCUAACUUGGCGUCAGACCGAGGCGGCAGCAGGAGGGAGCGGCUCUGAUAGAGCGACAUCCACAGAGAGUGGAAGAGAGAGAGAGCGAGUGAGAGAGCGAGAGUGAGAGCGCAGCGGAGCGGACGGGUGGAUGACUACAGACAGUCAGAAUGCGUGAAUACAAACUGGUUGUUUUAGGAUCAGGAGGAGUCGGCAAGUCAGCUCUGACUGUCCAGUUUGUUCAAGGAAUCUUUGUGGAGAAAUACGACCCGACGAUAGAGGAUUCCUACAGGAAGCAAGUGGAGGUCGAUGGACAGCAGUGUAUGUUGGAGAUCCUGGACACAGCAGGAACAGAGCAGUUCACGGCAAUGAGAGACCUCUACAUGAAGAACGGUCAGGGUUUUGCUCUGGUUUACUCCAUCACGGCUCAGUCGACCUUUAACGACCUUCAGGACCUCAGAGAGCAGAUCCUCAGAGUGAAGGACACUGAGGACGUUCCCAUGAUCCUGGUCGGGAAUAAGUGCGACCUGGAGGUGGAGCGUGUGGUGGCCAAAGAGUCAGGCAUUGGUCUCGCCCGCCAGUGGAACUCCUGCGCCUUCCUGGAGACCUCGGCCAAGAGCAAGAUCAACGUCAACGAGAUCUUCUAUGACCUUGUGCGACAGAUUAACAGGAAGAGUCCAGUUCCGGGGAAGACUCGCAAAAAGUCCACCUGUCAGCUUCUCUAAUGACAGUUUUCUGCUCACCUGACCGACAACCAACCAACCAACCAACCAAUCACAGGACAUCUUCCAAAAGGCCACGCCCCUUUAACACAGUCAUGUCAUCAUCAACAUCAGCCACCUCUGACCUCUGUUUCCAUGACGACCACAUCUCCCAUCCCCUCACCACACUGUCUAACGGAGACUGUUGCCUUGGAAACAUUAAAACCAAACAUCAAUAGACUGCGGCGACGGCAAUGAUGAUGAUGAUGAUGAAGAUGUUGUUGCAAUUGGGGGGUGGGGGUGGGGAGGCUAUCCAAACAACUGCCCAAAUUUAAACUGCGGUUCCCAUCAUGCUCACUGCUAGGCCAAUUUGCGUUGGGGAGUGGCUUCUUGCUCUUUAAUUUUAAAUGUUUCUUUCCUUUCCUUUCCUUUUCCUUAUUUUCUGGCAGUACGAAGCCGUUCUCAUGCAGCUCGACCAUAGAGAUGUCGCAUCUAACAUGGCUGACUCUGUGUGUGCGGCUCCGGUCAAACCUGUGGAUCCAUACAGUGAUUAUUAUUAUUAUUACAGUGAUAAUUAUGAUUCUGUGUGAAAAGAUAUAAAAGUCAUUUAAUGUUUUUGUUUUUAAUUUUCGGGGUGGGGGGUGGGGUGCGGGUUGGGGGUGCAGCAGGUUGUGGGGUCAGCUCACCGUGUUGGUAGCUUUGGGCUAACUUAAGUUAGCUAACCACUAUGGGAGUGACUCGGCAAUAUUCAAAGAAAAUGAUUCAGAGAAAAUGCUACAAGCUGUUUGUUGGGUGUUACCUUUGUUAUCAUAUUUCUUAAAGAAAUCAGUGUGUAAUAGCUUUGGGCUACCUCGUUAGCCUUUAUGAGCAAAUUCUGCUGUUUGUUGAUGUUAGCAAUUUUAGUAUAUCCCCUAAGAAAAGGUGGUUGCUGUGGGCAAGCUGCUAGUCUAAGUAGUUUAGGAAAUGCACUGGCAUUUGUGGAAGGGAAUGCUAAUGAUGCUAACAUACUGUUUGUGGACUGUUGACUUUGUUAGCAUAUUUUUUUUAAAGAAAGUGAUCUUUUGGGUACCUAGCAGCAAUUAAAAUACAUUAGAAAAUUGUGGGGUUUUAGCAUUAUUUUUCUUUUUUUCCAAAAAGUAGGAUGGGAUUUGUUGGCUUCAGGGUAGCUUUUAAGUCCUAGAAACUAAUGGGAUGUAUUAGCAAUGUUGUGAAUGAUUGCUAACAAUGCUAACACACUUCUUAUGGACUGCUAGAGUUGUGGGUCAGUACAUUCACAUGCAUGUUGAUUGCUGUGAGUUAGCUGGUCAGUUACCUGUGGGCUAGCCUCUGGUCCUAGUAGCCAAUGGAAAUUAGUUGCUCUGAGCUAGUUUUAGAGCCACUCUUUCAAAGACUGAGUGCUUUAGCAAAAAUCAAAGUGUGUCUGUAAAGAAAUGAAUGGGUGCUGUUAGCUAUGUGCUAGCUCUUUAAGCCAACAGCUAUUGGAAUAUAUUUGAUACAUUGCAAGAGAAUGCUAACAAUGCUACAUUCUAAAGAAACAUGUUUAGUGUGGGCUAACUUGUUAGCAGCACAGUGAGCUGACUUCAGAUCUGCUGCUCUGGGCGGACAUGUUGCCUUUAGACAGCAGACUCACACUGGUCCAGUACCUUAGCUCUGUGUGUGUUUAUGAGUGUGUGUUUUUGUGUGUUUGUGAGUGUAAGUGAGCUGCAUUACAACUAUGAACCAGGCCAGUUUCUGUAAUGACCAUUUUGGCCCGGGAGGGGAGGGUUGGGGCUUGUGUUAUAUUUACUGAGCAGGACAGCCAGACAAGAAAGUGUUGUUCCUGUUUUAUUAAUCAUAUUAUUACCUGAUUAUUAAUAUUAUUAACACAAUGAGAGGCUGAGAGGGAAACACUGACUUAUUGGUCAAAGGUCCUGUUUGCCAACGCCCCCCUUUAACUAAUGGGAAUAUAUUAAGCUAUCCAGUUGUGGCGGUUCAAACAUGGUCAAAAAAAGGUGGUUAGGGUUUGUCCUUCAUGUCCUUGCAUGUUCAGAUUAAUGGAUGCAGUAUUUCAUUUAAAAAAAAAACAGAGUGCCAACACCAGAAAUUUGAAAGUAUCUUGAAAUAUCACAGAAAUCCUCAUUUUAUUUUGCAGAAAUUUAGUUAAAAUCUGCAAUAGAUUUGGAUGGAAAACCCGAUUAUAGUAGCUAAAAGCUAAAAGUAAAGUGUUGGAGAACCGCAGACACGUGGAUGGUUCGGUGUUCUCAUAUGUUAAAGAAGAAAGCUGAGCUAAAAGCUCAGUGUUUCUUUAAAAUAGUAUCACGGCUGAAGCUGAGAGGGGGUUGGGCUUGAAGCUGAAGCUCCGCCCCAAUUUAUUGGUGGCGUGGCCUGUGAGGCAGCAGUCAUGGAAAACCUUUGUAUAAUGUGUCUUCUGUUUGAAAUGUGAGAGUGGUCAUCUUACAGUAUGUUGGACCAGUGACCUCUGUGAGUACUGCUGUGCACAGUGUUGUACUACCAGGAGUACAGCAGUACAGUGUGGUGCUGCUGUCAGCAUUCUGGUUCUCCUCCAGUACGUUCAGUCAUGUAGCAUGUUGAUGUUUCUGUCAGUACUCAGUCUGACCUCCAGGAGGUGCUGCGACAGUUUGCAUGCCAAGCAGAAGCUUUCAAGAGAAAAAUCUGUUCGCAGCCAUGGCGGGGCAUUCCUGUUCAUACUAGUAUUAGCCAAGUUAUCAUAACAUACAGUAAAUGUCAAACAAGUUGGAAAGCCAGUGUUUUCAUGGCGGUCGAGCGAUUCCCAUUGAAAAAGUUCUGGAAAGUAGCUGUACGAUAAUACUCAAGAUGAUUAUUAUAUUUCACCUUUGUGCACUUUGUUUAAGUUAUUUUUCGAGUACAGUGUUUCUUUGCUGUAUUCUUGUAUGUCAAGCCAUAAUGGUCUCAUUACUGCCCUACUUUGCAGGUGGGAGAAAACACCCACUGCAUAUUCAGUGACAGCAAUGAGCCUGUUCCAUUCUCAGAAACAAACUAAGACUAGCCACACAAAGGUGAAAUUUAUGCUUCAUCACAAGUGUUUUCAAACAGCUUUACAAGAGGAAAGAAGAGAGGAUAACUGGUUUGUUUGGCAGUCACAACUAUAUGAAUAAUUAAUAGAUAUAUAACACACCAUAAUGUAAUUGGAAAGAGAAAUUAGGAUAUUUUUCAGUGUUUAUUGAUCCAUUUAUCAACACUUAUUAUUUAUCCUACAAAAUUUCCAUAACUUGUGUAUGCACAGUUUUCAUAGAAAGUAUUUAUGAAUAUAUAAAUACCCCAUUAAUAAAUGUAAUUUUAAUAAUAGUGAUUACAAGUGUGUUAGACAUUGUUAGCAAUCACUCAUUAAGCAGUUACAGGAGGAGUUUUUGACAAAUAGAUAAACAUUUAAAAUGUCCUAAUAUAUAUAUUCAAAUGCGGUUAAUUAAAUGUGUGUGUACUGUUCAUAAAUACAAAGUAGGUGUAAAUGGGAGUUAAAAUUAAAUGUUUCCAGAUUUUAA